AUGCGAUCAUAUAACCCCAAUGCACGAAGGAUCUGGGCAUCCUUUCCGAAUCUCCACCGAUCGCCCAUUCCGAGUCAGUCUUGCUUCACUCGCCUUCGUUUCCAAAGCUCGUCUUCCAACGACCAACCGACACGUCAUGAACCUUUCAACAAUAAAACCUCCCAUCGCCGCCGGUUAAAGUCACAGGCUGUGGCUUUGAAGCUAGAGAUUGGAGUGGACUCGUUGGGACAGCCCGGUGAAAUAGUUGUUCUGCCUCCGCGGCGCAACAAGACCUUGCAACAGCUACGUCGCAAGGACCAGCUUGCAGCUAGAAAAGAUGCGCCAAUGACCAUAUCUUCCAUCCUGGGGGAUUUGGAGGACGAGGCAUCUGUAACCGGGCCUGAAACUGUUCGCAAGAGACUGGAAGAAAUACGUGAAACCUACCAGCCCAGUCAAAAAUUGACUGUCGAAGACUGGGAAGACCUUCAAACCACCUUAUCAUCAUCAUUCACAACUGAGCAGCUCUCCUCCUACCUCGCUACCCUCAAAAACGACGAAUCUAUACCAGAAGUGCAUGCGGACCACCAGCGACCGGAGGGUUAUAUGCCGUUAGGGACUAGCACCCCAUGGCAGGGUACAACACCGAGCCUGACGGGAAAGCCUAUGCUCGCAGAACGGAUCAUUCGAGAGCACUGGGAACUUUCUCUCGUGGAUGAAGUGGGCCAUUUGGAUCUUUACCUCUCUCGACCGAUUAUUACUCUGCUAUUGAAUGCGGAUCACUUCUCAUUUGACCAAUUAGCAACCCUCCACCAGUCUAGCAUCGACAUCACUCAUGCCCUUGGAUUGGUGAGAAUCACGGGAUUGAAAGCUGCGUGUGGUUCAGUUCGCGAUAUCAUCCAAGAUGCUACAACAAGAAUUCGCGAGGAUGACACGGGCAUAGAUCUCGCCGCCUAUAGUUCACGUUUGACUCCAACUUUCAUUGACUGGGUGUGCCAAGAAUACAACGUGAUGAUAGACCAGGGACGGUCUAAACGUACCGCCAAGGUACUUUAUCUCGUUGAGAAUAAGACUGGCGCCGACCAUGCCCGAAGAACGUUAGGAUUGGCGGUACAUCAUCCUAGCCCCACGAAUCGGCUAUUCUCCACAUACCUGCCUGGUUCGGAGCCUGCGCAUAUUUACAGCUAUAUUCCAGGAACCAGUGGAUCCUGGUUUGACAAGCAAGGAUCAUGGUUUCGAUGGGCCAUGCCCGCUGUUCAGACUGCGGUCCCGGCUCUCUACCGCACUCCAUUUUUUCUUGCUCAUCAAACACGACUGUCUGAUGAAUUACUCAAACUUCUUCGCAGUCAGCCUCGCACAAGGAUACUCAAGGAUCAUGAGAAUAGCUUCAGCAUCCGUGAAUCAAUGACAGCCACAGUUGGACAAUGUCUUUUCGGCCAGAAACCCAUGUUGAAUGAGACGGCUGUUACGGCAUCACAACUUGGAAGGCUUUCCCUUCCCCGGACAUUUGUCAAUAACAUCCCUCGGAUGAAGCCUUUCCUGGACACUCUCCCAGAAACAGAGCGCGAAAACGAUGAUAUGGAAACCCAUUUUAUCCGACUGGUUCCUUCGCCUAAGUUUGCUGCCCGUCUUCCCGAGAUAGAUGUGCAAAUUCUAUCCAAGCCUGGCGAAAUCGAGCUUCAAAAAAUCAAGAUCAUCCUAGACACAAAUAAUCUUGACUAUUUGCUUCCCGAAAAUGGCCUCGAUCUCCGCUUCACCCACACUCGUUCCUUGGAGUUGUCCGCCGAUGCCAUUGCUGAAUCAAGCGAAUACGAAGGCCUUCUAAGUAGCGUUUUACGACCUAUACGUGACGCAUUCACAGCUAAAUCAUCCUCUGAGCAUGAUUGGUCCACACCCACGCAUUCUUCAUCUCUUCCUCCGUUCUGUCAGGUUGACCUACCGCGAAACAUUCUUUCAUCCUUGGUCUCUACAGGGUCUCCUCUUCCAGCUAGCGAAGAUCAGUCAUUAGCCGAAUAUAUGUUCUUACCUUUCAGGGGUGUGCGAGGUACUGCUGUACGAUACUACGAUUUCGAAGGCAGAAGAUUCAGAUACCGCUUCUACGACAAUGGUCCCUUCCUUGCGUCGCAGAUCAAUGAGGUUCAGCUAGAUUUGGAACUUCCCCAAGCCGACAUCAAACCCUCGGAUUCCCAGGUUGAACUUGAAGAUCCCGCGGAAGAGCAGUUCCAUUCAUUUUAUCAAACGGCAUGCAAUUUGGCAUUUGAAAUUCACAAAUCGCGAGAUGUGUACGAGCAUGAGUGA